AUGUAUGGGAGUCUUUUAAACAGGGACAUUGAGAGCAUAUUUUCAUUGCUGGUUUCUGGGAGUGGUUGGCUUGUACCUGGAUUAAGAGGCUCUGCAUCUUUGAUGACUGCAGAAGAUAUUGAAAGAUACAGUAAAAGAUACAUGAAGGUAUACAAAGAGGAGUGGAUACCAGAUUGGAGAAGACUCCCAAGAGAAAUGAUGCCAAGGAAAAAGUGCAAAAAAGGCCCCAAAUCCCAAAAGCCAAAAGCUACAGGCAAAGGUGCUUCACUCACUAAUACUGCAGACGUAUUGAAAAAAAUCGAGGAAUUGGAAAAGAGAGGUGAUGGUGAAAAAUCAGACGAGGAAAAUGAAGAGAAAGAAGGAAGCAAAGAGAAAAGUAAAGAAGGUGACGAUGAUGAGGACGAUGAUGCUGUGGAACAAGAGGAGUAUGAUGAAGAAGAGCAAGAAGAGGAAAAUGACUACAUUAAUUCAUACUUUGAAGAUGGAGAUGAUUUUGGUGCAGACAGUGAUGACAACAUGGAUGAAGCAACCUAUUAGCUAUGGAAUUUCUCCAAAAAUAUCUUUGUGAUACAACUUCUAAACAUUUGGACAGACUUGUUUUCUAUUUCCGAUAAGGAAUGAGUAUUGUAUUUUUGUUCCUGUUUCGUUAGACAAAUAUUUGCUGUCAAAAUAUUCAGAAUCACAUUGAGUUUACAUACUAGGUACCUUACCAGUUAGUCUCUAAUGCUCUGACAUUCCUUCUCAAAACCCCUGUCAUCCCUCUUAUGUGUUCAAGUGGAUUUUUUUUUUUUUGUAUUAUUUGGAUUUGAAUGUGCCUAGAGUUUUUGCAUCUUUUAAUCUAUGUAUUCAUACUUGAACAAAUUAUUCUUUAACUUGAUCUGCUGUAAAACUAUUACUAGUCUAUGAUCAUAGUGGGUUACUGUAAUCUGAGCAUUGACUUAAUACUGCACAAGGAGCACUUUAAAAACAAUGAAACUUGAAAAUAAUUUUAUCUUUUACUUUUACAUGGUAUGUUCUGUGCUGUGACUACAUAAACCUGAGUUCACAACUGCAUAAUUUAUGAGAUUGGAAAUUUUGUGAUCAAAAACAUACACGCUGGGAAAAAUGCCACAUUUUUGAGGUGUAGCGGUUGCUGUUAAAUUUCACAGGACUCCUAAUUACCCAAGUGAUUUAUAUCACAGUGCAGGAUAAAACUCAGGUCAUUUUAAAAUUAAGAUUAAUCUUUUUUGUUUAUUAAAAACUAACUCCCCUGCUUUUUUAUAUUUGGCAGGGAAAAUACCUAAAAUCCCUCAGCCUCCAAAGACACACAAAUGCCAAAGAUUUUUCAAGGGAAUUCAUAUUAUGUAUUUUUAAAUGAUUAAUAUUACCUACCAAAAAGAUAAAUUAAUUUUUCCCUCUGGGGGAAAAGAUAUUACCUUUGGGGAAGAUAUUACCUAUUACUAACCUUGAGAAUCACAGCCAAAUCCAAUUUCCGCCUUUACUAUUAGACUCAGCCUUGAAAAUGAGCUUGGUUAAGUUUUCUGUGCCUUAGUUUCUCCACUUGUAAACUAUUUCUAUAAAACUGCUUAGACACCAACCAAACUUUGCCAUAUAUAUUCAUACAUACCUUACAAAUAUGAUCACUCAAUUUCAAUUUGGCCCUCAUUCUCAAAAAAUUGUAGCUGGCUAAUUGAAAAGUUUCAAAAAUCAAACAUAUUUUCCUCACAAAAUAUAUUAUAACCUGAUUUUCCAUAGUGUAUUCUGGAGGGGAAGACUGGAAAACAUUUAUAUUGUCUUGUGCCAUUUUGUAACAUGACUUUCUCAGGAAAAAGAUCAUUUUCAAUUUUAAUACUUCCUCAGUUAAUUCAAGAUGGGUGUGAGGACCAUUAUUAGUUCAGUGCUGUGUUGAUCACAUGUGAUUUGUUGAAAUAAGCUUCUGGGAAACUUUAAACAUUCUUAAUAGAGAACAGGAAUUAAAAAUAUAUGCUAAAACAGCAAUCUACUGGAUUUAAAAGAGAAACUCAUAGUUCCCAGUUGUAAUGGACAAAUAAAGUCAGUUAAGAUUAUUAAUUAAAACAUUGAUAUUUUAGGGGUACCUGAGUGGCUUAAUCAGUUAAGUGUCAACUCUU